AUGAACUGUCUUUACAGUAAACUUCUGGAGCACAAAAAGGAACACAUCCGCAACUUUGCUGCUGAGAGCUUCUCUUUUUUGAUGAGAAAGGUGUCCGAUUAUGAUGCUCUCUUCACACUCAUGUUCUCCGACCUGUCUGAGAGCCCUCAGAAGGCCAGAGGAGCAGGUCAGCUGAUCUUUGAGAUGUGUCGAGGAGUCUGUAACAUGUUCCACUCCUGUGCCACUAAGGCUCUUGCAGUGGUGUUGCAGAAACUUGGCCCUGCAGCCGGUCAGGACGUUGAUUUGCCUUGGGAUUCAGUAAAAGAAGCUCUGGAUCACAUGGCUGAGUCUUCAGCCAACUAUGUUGACAAAGAGCACCUGCUGGUCUUGUGGGACUCCUUACAAGUCUCUCUGAAAGAAGUUCUUGGCAAGUUAGACACAAGCAAUGCUGUUCAAGCUAAUGAGCACCUGGAGAGGAUUCUGUACAUCUGCCACACACUUGUAGAGCAUCGCAAAGGAGCAAAGAUAACAAAACCCCAGUCUGUUUGUGAGACACUUCUUCAGCUAGUUCAGGCACCAGGACUGUCCUACUCCUGCCACAGGCUGCUUUUACAAGUAGUCUCUGCGCUAUUGAUGGGGGAGAAUCUGUCAUUACCUGCCAGCAGCAUCCAUGAACUAGUGAAAAAGAUCUUUGGUUUGCUGUUUGCUGCUCGUAACCCAGAGGAGCUCUUGGCCUUAUGGAGCUCUCAGGAGAACAUGAGUAAAACCACGCAGCCUGUGGCCCCUGCUUUUCUCAUAGACAACCUGUCUCAGAGGAUGAGAGAGCUGGUCCUAUCCUUUUGUUACCAACUGCAGUCCAAGUUCUUGGAUAUUUCUGCUGGAGAGCAGGUGCUGAAGAACUUACUUUAUGUGGCCAAAGUGAUCUACCUCAUCUCACCAGAGUCUGAUCCCACAAAUCCAGCUGAAGAACAGGAGGAUGAGGAGAAAUAA